AUGUUUAUUCAGAUUCUCAAAAUAUACCUCACUGACUUUUGUCAUAAAAAGAAACUUACGGAUGAUUUGUUCAAGAAGAUCCUUUUAAUUCAAGAAAAUGAUUUUGAAGAACUGCAGAAACAACUUGACUCUAGACUCCAGAAUAUUGAGAUGUCAGGAGCCCAUAACUCAGAGUACCAGACUCUAGAAGACUUAGAAAGGAAAGAGAGAGAAUAUUCUGAGCACAUAACAGAUAAUAUGGAAGCUUUCUGGAAGCAGACUGACAAAGCCCAGCAGGCUUUUUUGGACCAAUCAAAAUGCUCAGGUGCCAAAGCAACAAAGAUAAUGAUGGAUCUGACUGAGAAGAUGAUUGCAGUAGAAAGCUUAUUAAGUGAAUUUCAAGAUUUGCAGGCAAUGGACAUUCAGGAAAGGUUAUUCAAUUGGGAGCUUAUGGUAAAAAUGAUUGAUUCACUGAAGUCCUAUAUACCAGAAGAGUGCAAGUGUAGAUUAAAUAUUGUAUCAAAUAUUCUGGACCAUUUAACUGUCAAGAAUAAUCUCUCAGUCCGACAAAAAGAAGAACUUUUAACAGAUCUGCACAAGGCCUUCUGGGAACAGCUGGCAUAUCUCAGUAGUGAAUGUAUCCAGCAAAGUAAAGAUAUGAUCUUGAAACGACUGGAGUGCCGUGCAAAGAAGAGAGAAGAGUUCAAACACAGACAGAAAGCUGAACAAGGGAGUCUCCUCAAUAAAAUUUUUCUUAUUGAAGAUGUUAAUGAUUUUCUUAAGGCUUACCAUGAGUUGUUAGAGAAGCAUCGGCAAGAACAGUGGGCACUGGAGGAGGAGGAUGACUGCGAGAGCACAGAGGCUGUUGCAGAUCUCUACCAGGAGCUGCACUCUAAAGCUUCCCAUGCUUUAGCAGAGUUGGUGACUAAGCUCUUUCUUCAGAACCUGCCUGUUGUGACCGGCCUCUCUGUAAGAGAAUGUGAGCUUCUGAAAGAGGAAUGGCAGGAGAAUUUGGUCCCUCAGCUGGAGAAAUGGGAGACCCACCGCCAGAGACACUGGAAACUUUUCCAGGAACAGCUAUUGCAAGAAAAAAAACUGUGGAUAAAGGAAUAUGCUCUGUCUGCUGUGAUGCAAAAGCACCUGUCUGAGAAACAAGAGAAGAUAAUUCAAGGUGUUGUAAGCAGACUAGGAUGCCUCAGUGAUGAGUCUGUUAACUAUAUAUUGCAAAAACACCGACUUCUGCUGUGUUCAGUACUCGCAAGGUUAAGCCUUCGAAGACUUGGAAUGGCAGCCCUGGCCCGCAUGAGACUGUCCAGAAAGAAGAGCUUGCUUCAGGAACUGAGAGAGCAACAUACCCUGCAGAAGGGAUCCUUCCCCUGCCAAGAUGAGGACCAGUGGCAGUUACAGAAGGCAGUGGAGUCCCACAUUCUAGAAGAAGAGGAGAAGCUUGAGGAAGAAAUGCAGCAAACCCAGUUAGAAUUUCACCAGCAGCUAGUCACAGAAAUUCAAGAAGCUCUUCAGUUUCUUCAGCAGCACAUGGAGCAGGUGAUUGGACGGACACUGCUGCAGCAUGCUCGACAGGAAGCUGGAAAAAAGAGUUCCGAUGAUGGACAGGACUUCAAGGAGAAACUGGUGGAAGCUGCUGUAGAAAGUGUGUAUGGGACCAGCAAUAAUAUCAACAGACUGGUGCAAAACUACUACCAGCAAUUAGGAAAAAUCACGGAAAGCUAUGAAGGGAAAAAGCUUCAACAAUUGAAAUCCUUACAAGCAGAAAGAGGUGAAAGGAACAGACUUAGAAAGAAACAAGAAAAUGAACUGGCAUUGAAAGAAAAGCAGACCAAAGGCCUCCUGAACAUAUCAUCCGCAGUCCAUCAAAGGAUGGUGCUGCAGCAAAAUAAGGUUUUGUCUCAGUUUGAACUGCAGCAGCAAAUUCGUCUGGAGUCUCUGAAACAAAAGCUGCUGGGAUUGCAUCACCUAGAAACUGAGUUGGAGAAUCAGCUAAAGGAAGCAGAGCAGGACUUUGUGAGUGAGUUGGCUGCGCUGGCCCGAGUUCCAGUGGUGGUGAAGAAGCCUUCAAAAAGGAGCAAGUUGGCAGGGGAAAAAACAAGCUCAAAAAUAAAGACCUUUCGGUCAUCAGAAUCAGAAGACAAAGAUAAUUCUCAUGAAAAUAUUCAGGAGCCCCCUGGACUGACUUCUGGCUUAUGCAGAGACAGGUUACAGAGUCCACAUGAAGGGGAGACUGAACCAAGGAAAAACUCAAAGAUGCUAAAAAAACGGGGCAACAGGUAGUAAAAGCAUUUAUAUGAACUGUCUGAACACAGA